AUGUUCACCACGGGAAAACAAGAUUCGGAAAAUAUAAAUCAGAAAUGUGACGAAAAUGAACAAAACAUUUCAAUUAUAUUAAAUAAUAUUGAAUCCGAAUUGAAAUUUAGAAUAAAUCAACGUGAAACAAAGGACGAAUUGGAAAAAGCCGAUGCCUUCUUGGUUGUCUACUCCUGUGUCGAUAAGGAAUCAUUUACACGCGCCAAAAAUAUUCUUGCCCAUCUGCAAGACAUGGAUUUAAUUAGGACCCGGCCAAUUAUAUUGGUGGCAAAUAAAAUUGAUUUGGCGCGGUCACGUGCCGUAUCAGCCCAAGAUGGUAAAUGUGUGGCCUGUACGUAUGGAGCGAAAUUCAUUGAAGUUUCGGUGGGCAUUAAUCACAACUGUGAUGAAUUACUGGCGGGUACACUGACUCAGAUACGCUUGAAAAAGGAACAAAAUCGCAUACAGGGUAAUCGUGACACCUCCCCCUCACCGGCCCAUUGGUAUAAGAGUCGCAGUGUGAUGAUGGCCAGCAUGAAGGCGCGUCAAAUGUUAACAUGGCUGCUGGGCAAAGAGGAUUCCAAAUUUAAAAAUUGUGAAAAUCUGCAAGUUUUGUAAAUAAAAAAGAAAACAAAAGCAAAA